AUGAACAAAAGCAUUUUUGACCCCUGCCUGCAUUUUGGUCAUGUAGUAGAAACCAAGACCCAGGAUGGACAGACCUUCCAAGGAGAACUCUACUGUUACGAUACAAAUUUGAAUUUUAUAAUCAUUAAGGAUGAUAAUAAAAAUGGCACAGCCAAUUUUUACAUUAUUAAGAUUGAUGUUAUCCUAGACCUAGAGAUACGAAAAAGAAUGAAAGUUGUGUAUGACCCUGUUCCUCAAGUUGAGGGGUCCCUGGUCGAGAGAAUUGAACAGAAGGCCUUGGAAAAAUUUGAAACCAUUAAGGCACGCAUUGGAAUUGGCGUAACGCAGGAGGCACAGGAGCUGUUCGACUUUAUAUGGAAAACGCACCCUGACUGCACUUGGAGCAACAAAGACAUUUUGGUCCUUAACGGCGAGGUCAGGAUCAAGCCGCCUUAUGGACCCGAUAACUGCGUGGCCAAGAAUGAAAAUUUGAAGGACAGAUUCUCCACAGUGAUCUCCAAGUUCCGCCAGAAGAGGAGUCAUAUGUCCAGUUGGGGAUGA